AUGGCCACCGAAGAGGUGCAGCCGCUCAAGAUAGUCAAGUCCAAUUCAACCGCUUCGUCGAUUGGCUCCCCGUCCAAGAUGGCUCGCCCAUUGUCAGAAAUCGGCUCGACUGAGAGGCGGAGAAAUUCUCCCAGUUACAACCAGGCCACCAAAAAGAUGAUCACCACCAAGGAUUCGUCGCCCUUCGAUUCAUCCCCGCUGCAGCAACAGCGCUCACCGCGCAUGUUCUGGGAAGACCGCACCUCACCUUCGCGCUUUGGCUCCGAGAACAGUCCCGAGCGUGCAGAGCGCUCUGCUUCCCCUACCGCAACUUCUUCACACCGUCGCUCAUCCAUUGAGAAUCUCAAAAAGGCUUCCCGUGUCAAGAAUAGCACCAUGUAUGCUCGCGAAACAAAGCACAAUUACGACCCUUCGAGCUCUCCCAUCAUCGAGCGCCCUCUGAGCAACCGUGGCUGGGGCGGAAACUUCCAAAACAACGUCUUCACACGCUUCGAUAGUCUUCGCAAGGAGAACAAUCCUCUCAAGUCUCCCACUGAAUCCGAUCCGAGCCCUUCCAAAAUCCCUGGUCCUUCGUCUGGCCCUUCUGUCGUAAACACAUCCGCUCCGAGCUCCCCUCGGCGGGAGACUCCUUCGCCAACCAAGUCUUCUCUCACAUCAAAUGGUCGUUUUGCUGCUUCUUUCGAGUCCGACCAAAGUCACUGGCCUGAAGACCAAGAUGACGGCAGAGUUGCUACUCCUCGUGCGCAGCCACGUCAUGCAAAAAGCGUCACCUUCGAGACAGCUCCUCCCGAGAUCAACGAAUACGAACAGCAAACACCAGAGCCAUCAUCUAUUGCCUCGGGCUCACGAGAGGGUAGCUACGAUUCCGAUGAUUAUGAAGAUAACAGCUUCGAACGUGCCUCUUCAGUCGACGAAGACAGUUUCGACGCCUCACUGGAGGAUACAGAUAAGACACCGGUGGUCCUUCCUGAGGAUUGGAGGCACAUGAGCCCUGAUGUUGCUCGUAGUCAUCUUGCCAACGACUAUGACGACGUCUUUGAUGAUGAUGACGAGACUACCGAGAGACAUGCCUCACACUCCAACAACGAGCAACGACCAACCUCUAGCCGCUCUGAAUCUGCCAACUCCGAUGCCGAAGCAAGACCUUUACCGCCACUUCCUGGCGUGCCCUCCUUCAGAAGAGAACGUGUUGACUCUGGUGGUCUUGCCGCUGCUGCAGAACGCGCGAGUAGUAUCCAACGUUCUCUGCCUUCUCCACCACGCCCUGCUUCGGUCUCGAAAGAUGAGAUUCUCCGCAUGCGGGAGGCCAACAUGUCCAUGGAAGACAGGAUGAACCUCCUGAAAUUGCAAACAUCUCUUGCCGAUGUACAAAAAUUACAAGACACAGAAGAACAUACUGGACAAGACGCCAAAUUCACUGAAGAAGAUGCUGUCGCUGCUUCUGAGCACUCAGACAUCGAAGAUGAUGAUCUUGCUGGCUUCGACUUUGCACCAAGCAUCUCUAGAGAGUCCAUCCUGCGAAACGUCAAGUCGCAGAAGUACGACCAGUUUGAUGCUGAUUUGCAUGAGGAGUCCAUGGUCUCAUUCGCCGAUAGAGAUUAUCGCGAACUCGCCAAUCUCGACCCCGACGUCCCAAUCCCCUCUCGUGAGACAUCGACCCAGUUUGACGCUGAGGUUGAUGCUGACAUCAAAGAAGAGGCUGAGAAUAGCUACCUCGACCUUAGUGCUGUUCCAUCUUUCCACUCUGAACCUGAGGAACCCGGAGCAGACGACUAUGACAGAAGGUCCGUCAUUCAUCAUGCUGAUUGCGACGAAGACUCGCAGGCCGAGGACGACGAGAGUCGCUACUCGUCCCCUAUGUCCGUCCUGAUCAACGAACAACCAGAAGAGCCUCAACACAUGCCUGCCGAAGAUGACCAAGAAACACCUAUGCAGGACGAAGCAUUUGCUACUCCUCUGGGCCAUCCACAAUCCACAGAGGAAUCGAGCAGCAUGGGUCUUCCCCUGAGCUUCCUAGGCAACGAUGAUUUCGAUUUCGGUCUGAAAGACUAUAUCACUCCCACACCUCCUUCCUCAUCUGGCACCCAGGAGCAGAGCAAGAAAUCUGUUCUCGAGCCACCUGUGGUGUUGCAGCCUAGUUUUACUACUGAGGCUCGUUACGGACGAGAAGGAUCCAGCGAAUCAGAUCAAACUAUCGGUCAUGAGUCUUUUGGCUCUGUCAUCCAUGGCUCCAUGAUCGAUAUGUCCCCUCCUCCAGAGGACGCACCUAUCAUUCCUGAGCGCAAAGCCACCAUCAAGACACAGGGCAAACUCAAGGCUCGACCCUCUGGAACUCCAGCCGAUUUGGAAGCUAUGAGAGCUCAACGUCGUCAUGUGAGCCACGAAGUGCCUCCUAUCCCCGAUCAAUACCUUUCAGAGACUUCGGCCCAAGCAGAUGAGCAGGCCUCUUCCGAUGAGGGUGAAGAUGAUGAAGAAUCACACAGUUCGGAAUCUCUCUCUGAGCAUGAUAUGACUAGCCAGGAACUUCAACAGGACGAAAUCGAUGGCGAGCACGACAGCGAAAAGUCCCUCCACCGCGAAACAAACCUCGACAAAGAUGGCCAACUCGCAAACGAUGGAACAGACGUACUCUCUGAACAGGACGAACAGCGUCGACAAAGCCGCGAGAUGAAGCUCGACCUUGACUUCCCUCUCGAAUCUUUCGACAAUGACAUGGGUCUUGGAAUGGAUGCCGAGUUUGACCGCGUAAUUGAAGCUCAGAAGAAGGGCUAUCUCAUGCGUCAAAACACCAAAGUCAUCGUUGCUAGUAACAGAAACUUUAGCGACGAAAGCCAGCGUCCACUCUCUCCAAAUGGCCAAACCAAUCCCUCGACUACUAGCAAGAGCAAACGUACUGCGCGCAAGUCGAGCGCCGGCGAGAAGUAUUUGACGACCGAGCCAUGGAACGGCAAGACUAGACGUAAAAGUUCUAGGAGAUCCUCUGGCAGAAAAUCCAACAUCGGUGGGCCGGCCCCUCCUCUGCCUGGUCAUGAAAGUUCUCUGGGAAAGGUCGAUGAAUAUCUGACGACUGAUGAGACCAACGAUGGUGAGGAGAGAGGAAGACUUUUUGUCAAGGUUGUUGGCGUGAAGGAGCUCGAUUUGCCUCUGCCGCGCAAUGAUCGGCUCUUCUUCCAACUCACCUUGGACAAUGGCCUGCAUUGUGUGACAACUGCUGAUCUUCAGCUUGGUAAAGCUGCUGCCAUUGGGCAGGAGUUCGAGCUUGUUGUUCUUCAAGACCUUGAGUUCCAGCUUACUCUGACUACCAAACUGCCGGCUCCUGCACCUAAGCCUCAGAUGUCAAUUCCUGUUCCCGUGUCUCCCACCAAGCCUAUCAAGUCGUCAACAUCAAGAUUCUCUCGCCUUCUCACAUCUCCCAAGAAGAGAGCGGAGCGUGAAAGAAAGGAGAGAGAAGAGGCCGCGGAGGUCGAACGUCGUCAGCAAGAAGAGAUGCAACGCAAGCGUGCUAUUGUCAAGCCUACGCCAUGGGACAUAAUGCGCGAAGUUGUUGAUGCCAAAUCUGGAUCAUUUGCUCGUGCUUAUGUUUCUCUCAAGUCUCACGAGUCUCAGUGUUUCGGACGACAACUGACCGUCGACGUGCCCUGCUUCAAUGAGUGGGCGAUUGAGAAGGAUGCCGACGUCGUCAGCAGUGUGCGCAGCAAGCGCAACAAUGGCAACCCUGGAUUUGGUGGUAGAGACGGCACCAUCAGACGUCCGCCCUACGCGAUAGGCAAGCUCGAGUUGCAGCUCAUGUACAUUCCAAAGCCGAAGGGGGCUGGUGAUGAGCACAUGCCCAAGAGCAUGAGUUCAGCUAUCAGAGAGAUGAAGGCCGCUGAACAAGUCAAAGAGUCAUCGUGGGAAGGUUGCUUGAGUCAGCAAGGAGGCGAUUGUCCGUACUGGCGCCGUCGCUUCUUCCGUCUACAGGGUACGAAGCUCACAGCCUACCACGAGCACACUCGCCAGCCCAGAGCCACUAUCAAUCUCUCAAAGGCUACAAAAUUGAUCGAUGAUCAGAAAUCACUUGUCGCCGAUCCGACAUCGGGCCACCCCACAAAGGGUAGGCGCAAGUCUGCCUUUGCUGAAGAAGAUGAUGGCUACCAAUUCGUCGAAGAAGGAUUCAGAAUGAGAUUCGCCAACGGCGAGACCAUUGACUUCUAUGCCGACAGCGCUACAGACAAGGAUGCCUGGAUGAAGGCACUUGGCUCAUGCAUAGGCAAGCCUUCGACGAGCAGCACAGCCAAAUGGACCGAUGUGGUGUUGACCAAGGAACGAUCGGAAGCCAAAGCAGUGAAGGCACAACAGAACUCGGAAGACCCCAGCCGAUCAGGACCAGAUGCUCACGAUAACAAGACCGGUGCACCCAAGCUCAAGCGUACAAUGUCACAACAGGAUAGCACGCGAGGUGACACGCCACCCACAAGCAGCCCUCGUACAGGACAACGUGACAGACACCAGGUCAAGAGCAUGGUCUUCUAG